UUCACCGCCAAUAUUUUGAAGACAUCCAAGUUCCAUUUUUUGUUUUCUUUUUCCUUCUUCAAUUUGCAGAGAACUUCUAAGAGAGAGUUUGGAAGAAGAAGAUAAAUUUUACUAGAAUUUUUAGGUUGAAGAAGAGGAGGAGAACUCAAGCAAAGUGUAUCCAUGGCUGAAUUUUAGUUCAUUCGGCACAUCACUGGUUUUUAAUUCGGUUUGAACUCUUCAAAAGGAAUUAAGACGUGAGAUUUACAUUUACUGAAAGUUAACUCAUUUUUAAACAAACUUUAUGAAGAACGUUGGAGCAAAUUCGGAUAUUCAUUUGGUGCUUUUUGAUGAAGAAAACAGGGCAGUUGGUUUUCACUCGAAAUCAGGAGGUCUCUGGUUUUUCUUGUAUUUCAGAGUGUAUCGGUGGAGUUAGAAUCUCUAUUUGGGACAAGUUAAAGAGGUCGUGUGCGCGCGAUUCUAGAAGUGGUUCUGUUUUGAGGGUUAUAUGUGUUUAUGCACGGGGAAUCAGAUUUAUAUGUCUUCAGGCCGAGAAGAAUUAAACCGAGCUUAUAGACCAAGGAUCUAGCCCAAGACUGUGAGUGACAAAACCAACUUUGAAAUAUUUUCCAUAAUUGUUAUUAUGAUUGAAUGCGAUAAAUGUUUAUUUACGAAGCCAUGAAAAGUAUUUGAAUUUCAUGACUAUUUUCAAGUAUACAUUUAGAGACUAGAUUUCUUAAAGAAAUUUAUGCUAGCACGUAGAUAUUAAAUGUUUGGAAAGUAUUUAAACCACAAUAUUUUAAGCAAAGCAUGAAUUAGUAUGAAGUUUUGUUUUAAGAACUACAAUUUUCCACGUAAGAGCUGAGUAAAGUUCGAGUUUUGUGUAAAAUUUAUAAGCAGGCAUGUUUUAAUAUUUAAAGAUGAUUUAUGAAAUUUUCAUUAACUACAUGACUGAGAUCUUGAGCCUGAGGCUAGAAAUUACCGUGUGCACACUGGUUAGAUUCCGUUGUUGACGUUGAGUGUACUCCGUAACAACGAUGCUGUCGUAAGUGCUGGGCGGGCCCCACUACGACAAAGAUGAUGGGAGUGCUGGGUGGGCCCCACUACAUCGUAGUGCUUGUAAACGUUGUUGUACUAGGUGUACCCUACACAACGUAGAUUCGUCAUGUUAGUUAAAAUGCUUCGAUAUACUUGAUAUGCCUUGCUAGAUUUCAGUGAUGAACAUGCUGAGUAUUUAAGGAAGCUAUUCUUACUACUACACAUUUACAUUUGCGACUUGUAUAAACAGAUUUAUAUGUGUAAAGUUUUCACGUGCUCUUAUCUUUAAAUUCAUAAUUUUAAACUGAGUCACUCACUGAGCUUCAUAGCUCACCCUUUCCAAAAUGUUUUACCCAUUUUCCAGGUAGAGAUCGACUUCCCGGUGCCUGAUAGACUGCCUUAGUCUGCGGAAGGUUCAUUAUCGAUUGCCAGUACGUGUUUUGAGUUCGGCAUAGAGUCUGUUGUGUUAUGGUGUAUAUACACCCUUGUAUGUUAUAGAUACUCCACAGUUUGUAUAAGCUUUAGGAGCUGUAGUUGUGUAAAUUUUGUUGGUUAUAUUUUGAUUAAGGUGUCUUUAGGUUUACUCAUGAAAUCGGUAAAUUUUAAGGUACACUUCAUGUAUGUGUUUGACUAGCUGUGUUUGACUAGCCUAGGAUCCGCUGUGUUUUGUGGCAUGUACAAUAGUUUAUAUACUAGAUUGGCAAGUUCAUCACUUGAAAGUUUUAAGAAGAGUCGACAGAUACAGGUACAGUAAAGCGUUGUUCGUCGACUUCACGCCAUCUUUCGGUCUAAGGUAGCAGGUAGUCCGGGAGGGGGUGUGACAACUUGGUAUCAGAGCAGUUUGCUCCAUGGGAAUUAAGGUAGAGCGGUUAGCUCUAAGAAGAAACUGGAAAGUAAAUAAUUGAAAGUCAAGUUAGCUUAAAGGGAACUAGUGGAGUAUGGUCUAGGUAAGGGUAGAAGUGAGUCCAAUUAUUAUUAAUACGUGAGUAGACAUUUAGUAUCAUGCAUUUGAGUUAAGUAUUUAUAGUAUGUCUAAUGUGUUGACAUAUUAUAGGAGUCAUGCCACCACGUACUGGUAGACGACGCCGGCAGAAUCAGGACGGGAUGCAAGGUCCUACCCAAGGUCCAUCUGUAGGGGAAUCUAGUACCCUAGGAGUUCGAGGUGGGGCAGGAAAUGAGCAGUUUGCGAGAACUACACAGGAAAUAGGAAGGCCAGAUAGAGCAGAGCCUAUUGAUCCAGAAAAGGCAUACGGAAUUGAACGGCUGAAGAAGUUAGGGGCUACAGUGUUUGAAGGUUCCACAGAUCCAGCUGAUGCAGAGAACUGGUUGAAUAUGCUUGGAAAGUGUUUUGAUGUGAUGAAUUGUCCUGAGGAGCGAAAGGUUAGAUUGGCCACAUUUUUGUUGCAAAAAGAGGCUGAAGGAUGGUGGAAAUCUAUAUUAGUAAGACGCAGUGAUGCACGUGCUUUAGACUGGCAGACUUUUAGAGGCAUAUUCGAAGAUAAGUAUUAUCCCAGCACAUACUGCGAAGCCAAGAGGGAUGAAUUUCUGGGGUUGAAACAAGGAUCACUUUCAGUGGCUGAGUAUGAGAGGAAGUAUACCGAGCUUUCACGGUAUGCUGACGUUAUUGUAGCUUCUGAGAGUGACAGGUGCCGAAGGUUUGAAAGAGGGUUGCGUUUUGAAAUACGUACCCCAGUUACAGCCAUUGCUAAGUGGACGAAUUUCUCUCAGUUAGUGGAGACUGCCCUUCGUGUGGAGCAGAGUAUAACAGAAGAGAAAUCGGUAGUGGAGCUUAGUCGUGGGACUUCAACAGCUAGUGGAUUUAGAGGCCGUGAGCAGCGGAGGUUCACGCCUGGGAUAAAUAUUUCAAGCCGUCAAGAUUUUAAGAAUCGCUCUGGAGGCCAAGCAUCGAGGAACGUGAGUCAUGGUAGUGUUUUUCAGAGACAGAGCCAGAGAAUACCUAGUCAACCCAUUAGAUCAACAGUAAGAUCGCAACCAGGUCAGGAGUCCAUUGCUAGUACCGUCAGGCGAACACCAUGCACGAGUUGUGGCAGGAACCAUCGGGGUCAGUGUUUGGUAGGUGCCGGUGUAUGUUACCAGUGCAGACAGCCAUGACAUUUCAAGAAAGAUUGUCCGCAGUUGAACAUGACAGUUCAGAGAGAUCAGGGAGUUGGGUCCCAGACAGUUGAGCAAUCGAGAGUUUCAGUGGUUCCAACAGAGGGCACCAGUGGUGCAAGGCAAAAGGGAGUUGUUGGAAGACCGAGGCAACAGGGAAAAGUCUAUGCUAUGACUCAACAAGAAGCGGAGGACGCACCAGACGUUAUUACUGGUAGAGAUCGACUUCCCGGUGCCUGAUAGACUGCCUUAGUCUGCGGAAGCUUCAUUAUCGAUUGCCUGUACGUGUUUUGAGUUCGGCAUAGAGUCUGUUGUGUUGUGGUGUAUAUACACCCUUGUAUGUUAUAGAUACUCCACAGUUUGUAUAAGCUUUAGAAGCUGUAGUUGUGUAAAUUUUGUUGGUUAUAUUUUGAUUAAGGUGUCUUUAGGUUUACUCAUGAAAUCGGUAAAUUUUGAGGUACACUUCAUGUAUGUGUUUGACUAGCUGUGUUUGACUAGCCUAGGAUCCGCUGUGUUUUGUGGCAUGUACAAUAGUUUAUAUACUAGAUUGGCAAGUUCAUCACUUGAAAGUUUUAAGAAGAGUCGACUGAUACAGGUACAGUAAAGCGUUGUUCGUCGGCUUCACGCCAUCUUUCGGUCUAAGGUAGCAGGUAGUCCGGGAGGGGGUGUGACAUAAUGUAUUUAGUCAACAUACCUAAGUCGUCAACAUUCUAAGAAUUACUUUGUAUUUAAAUGAACAAAAGACCAAUCUUAUUUGAACGAA